GAAGCACAUCUGGACAGCUGUGCUGAGAAACUGUGCGGCCCCCUCUUCGCCCGACGUCAGCCCGGCACGUCCCCCACGUCCUCUCCUUCUCGCCACUCAUUAUUUAUUCAUUUUCCCAAAGAAGCAACCAGGGACCCAAGUUUGAAACUCUCCCCCCCCCCAUGAGAGACGUGGCCAGAUUCCAUCCAAUACUCAGUUUAAUUUUCAUGGGGCUCUGGGAUCCAAAGAACAGAAACAGCAACAACAAAAGCCCAGCCGCUGUCUGAUUUUAAACUGGCAAAGUGGGAAAAAUAAAGUUUUGAGUAAACAGACCAAGCUGGGUCAUGGGGAACUUCAAAGGUCAUGCCCUCCCUGGAACCUUCUUUUUUAUUAUGGGUAUUUGGUGGAGUUCAAAGAGUAUUCUGAGGUACAUCUUCAGAAAGCAAAAGCGGACUUGCUACGUUGGUUCCAAAGCAUUAUUCCAGCGAAUAGACAUUUUGGAGGGAAUUGUAUUAGUCAGCAUGGCUUUAACUGGCAUGGCUGGGGAGCAGUUUAUUCCUGGAGGGCCCCACCUGACCUUAUAUGACUAUAAAGAAGGCCAGUGGAACCAACUCCUGGGCUGGCAUCAUUGCACCAUGUAUUUCUUCUUUGGGCUGUUGGGUGUGGCAGAAAUCUUAUGUUUCACCAUCCGUUCACUUCCUGCCUCCUUACCCAAGUUAAUGUUGGCAAACGCUUUAUUUGUGGAGGCUUUUAUCUUCUACAACCACACUCAUGGCCGGGAGAUGCUGGAUAUCUUUGUGCACCAGUUGCUGGAUCUGACCAUCUUUUUGACAGGCGUGGUUACCUUCGCUGAGUUCCUCAUGCGGAACAAUUUCCUUCUGGAGCUUUUACGGUCAAGUCUCAUUCUGCUUCAGGGGACUUGGUUCUGGCAGAUCGGUUUUGUCCUGUACCCUCCAAGUGGAGGUCCUGCAUGGGAUCUGAUGGAUCAUAGCAACGUGAUGUUUCUUACCAUAUGUUUCUGCUGGCAUUAUGCAUUAAACUGUAUCAUCAUUGGAGUGAAUUAUGCUUUUAUCACCUGGCUGGUUAAAUCUAGACUUAAGAGGCUCUGCCCCUCAGAAGUUGGACUUCUGAAAAAUGGUGAACGAGAGCAAGAAUCAGAAGAAGAGAUGUGACUUUGAUGGGCACCCAGUCUUUCUAGACGAGCCUUUUCUUUUUGCAUUGUCUUUGUACAUGGUUUUUGUUUCUUGACAUUUUGUUUGGAGAACAAUUGGCUGGGGAUGACUUUCAAUGUACUGUUUGUAUUUCCAGUGUUGUUAAAGUAUUUGAAUUUAAAUAUUUUAUUUUUAGCUUUGAAAAUACUUUGGAUGAUAAGUUCAUUUUGCACAUCAAGCAUGUUAUGGUUUUCAGGGGCUAGAGUAACUUAUUCCAGGUCUUCUAAAGUUUGAUGCCCACACUAUGAGAAACAUUUGUUUUAUUUGCCUUACAAAUAUGCUCAAGGUUCCUGGGCUUGCUGCCAUUUGUAACUCAUUGAACAUGGAAUUACCCUUGUUUAUCUUGUUGCUGCAAUGAGAAAUAAAUGAAUGCACACACCUUGGUGCAGA